GCUGUUUCCCAUCGGACAGCGUUUUCAGUUGAACUAAUCAGGGCCUAUUGGCUGACUUUGAGGUCGAAGGUGAAAUCGGCAGCAUGGCGUCGUCCACAACAUCGCACGAUGUCAGCGCUCAGGAUGUUGAAGAUAAGAAGAAGAGGAAAAAGAAAGGCGAUGAAGACGAAUCCGAGCUGCUCACUGUACCAGAUGGAUGGAAAGAACCGCCGUUUACAAAAGAAGAUAAUCCUCGGGGAUUGCUGGAAGAGAGCAGUUUUGCAACAUUAUUCCCUAAAUACAGAGAAGCGUAUUUAAAAGAAUGCUGGCCUCUAGUGCAGAAGGCAUUGGCUGAUCAUCAUGUUAAGGCAGACUUGGAUUUGAUUGAAGGCAGUAUGACUGUAUCAACGUCAAAGAAGACUUUUGACCCAUAUAGUAUUAUAAAAGCUAGAGAUUUGAUAAAGCUGCUUGCAAGAAGUGUUCCUUUUGAACAGGCUAUGAGAAUUCUUCAGGAUGAUGUGGCAUGUGAUAUAAUUAAAAUUGGUUCCUUAGUAAGAAACAGGGAAAGUUUUGUGAAAAGGAGGCAUCGUCUAAUUGGUCCUAAAGGGUCAACUUUAAAGGCAUUAGAGCUUUUGACAAACUGUUAUGUUAUGGUACAGGGGAACACUGUAUCUGCACUUGGACCAUAUGGUGGCUUAAAGGAAGUCAGAAAAGUAGUGGUGGAUACCAUGAAGAAUGUUCAUCCUAUAUACAACAUUAAGACUUUAAUGAUCAAGCGGGAAUUGUCAAAAGAUCCUGAGCUGAGAAUGCAAAGCUGGGAAAGAUUUUUACCCAAUUUCAAACCCAAAAAUCUAAGCAAACGCAAGGCUCCUAAAAAGAAAGUGGUGAAGAAGGAGUACACACCAUUCCCGCCACCACAGCCAGAGAGUCAGGUGGACAAAGAACUAGCUUCUGGUGAAUUCUUCCUCAAGGAGAGUCAGAAGAGAAGGAAAAAGAUUGAAGAAAUCAAGGUCAAACAAGCCGAAGCACUAAGUAAAAGGCAAGAAGAAAGACAAAAAGCAUUUAUUCCUCCCAAAGAAAAACCUGUUGUGAAGAAACAAGCAGUUGCAAUUUCAGAUAAAAUAGAUGUUCAGGCAAUAAAGGAGAAAGUAAAGAAAGCCAAGAAUAAGAAGCUGGGAGCUCCUCCAGUUGCUGAGGUGGCUCAGAAGGACACUGCAAAUGGCAAGAAAAGGAAGAAAAGUAAACUUUAAUGUGCUGAAAUUUUUACAGUAAGGGAAUUCACCUCCUGGACUGUGUCUGAUCUUUAUACAGUGGCAGCGUGAAUAGAUUUUAAAAAUGAGGCAUUUUAUGUUAAGGAGGAGAAAAACCUUAAAAUGUAUUUUCAUCCUCCUCUUGUUAUUGGCCUGCUCGGUAGAUAACUAAUUAAUUUAUGUGGUCUUAAUGUGUGGUAUAUUUAAAUUUCACCACACUUAUCUUGUUUGUGAUGCUUUCAUUUUACGUUGGACCUGUUUUUGCUACUACAUUGAAGACAUAACAUUUGUAGCUGAUGUCUUGGAAAUUUUGUAAAAAGAUGUUUAAUUUUAUAUUAUCAGAGUAAAUGUAUACUUUUUCAGUUUUGGGUGUGGUUAUUAAAUCAGGUACCUUUUGCCUCUCGAUGGAGCUUGGACACCAUGUUGUGGAUUUUUCUUCAUGUGAUGCAACCUUUUGUGUACCCUCGGUUCUUGAUAUUGCUUAUUUUGGCCAUGAAGGCCCAGUGCCUUUAAACUGGUUUGUGGGAGUCUUUGCCACCAACACAAAAUGUCAAUCUUGUGUGAUACUCAUUGCUUUUAUUUCUACAAGAACAAAUGGCAAACCUCCCUCCAGAACUGGUCCCUGCUUUUUAGCCUUUAGGCUGCUGUCCCAACAACCCUAAAUAGUUAAAUAAAUAAA